AUGGCGCACGUGCUCGCUGCUGCCGACCGAGAGCUCUGCCCCCCGUCGCCGGGGAGGAGGGAGAAGAUAGCCGUUGGCGCCGAUCACGCGCGCGCGCUCAGCACGGUACGGCCUGCUGCCGCACUGAAUGGGGUGAAGAUUGGAUUCUUUCCGGCCCUGGCCCUGGCCCGCACGCCCAGGGCCUCGUACCGUAGCGCCGCUCUGCCCCUCAACCUCAACAUCCUAGAGUUAGUGCUACUGGUAGACCUGUUAGUGGCAAUGGGAUUGAGGAGCAGCAACCGACGCAGCGUCGGGUCAAGAGGCGGCGGCGGCGUCCUCGCGCUAUCACUGCUGCUCGUGCUUCUGCUCCAGCACGCGGCGGCGCCGGCUCACGGACAGUCGCCGUCCUCCUCCGACGGCGUGCCGAUCGCGCAGGCGGACCUGCAGGCCCUGCGGGCGAUCGGGCAGGCGCUGGCGGCCCCGCGCGGGCUCCUGCGCGGCUGGAACGGCACCGGCCUCGACGCCUGCUCCGGCGCCUGGGCGGGCGUCAAGUGCGCGCGCGGCAGGGUCGUGGCCCUCCAGCUGCCCUUCAAGGGCCUCGCGGGCACGCUCUCCGACAGGGUCGGCCAGCUCGCCGCCCUGCGCAAGCUCUCCCUCCACGACAACGCGCUCGGCGGGCGGGUCCCCGCCGCCGUCGGCCUCCUCCGCGACCUCCGCGGCCUCUACCUCUUCAACAACCGCUUCUCCGGCGCCGUGCCCCCCGCGCUCGGUGGGUGCGCGCUCCUGCAGACACUCGACCUCAGCGGCAACGCGCUCUCCGGGACCAUCCCGUCGGCGCUCGCCAACGCCACCCGGCUCUACCGGCUCAGCCUCGACCACAACAACCUCUCCGGCCCCGUGCCAACCAGUCUCACAUCUCUCCGCUUCCUCGAAUCUCUUAGCCUCAACAACAACAAUCUCAGCGGCGAGAUCCCGUCCACCAUUGGGAACCUCUCGACGCUCCAGUUCCUAGACCUUUCAGACAACCUGUUAGCUGGUACCUUCCCUCUCUCCAUCUGCAACGUGACCUCCUUACUAGAACUCAACCUCGACGGCAAUCGCGUCGGAGGCCACAUUCCUGACGCCAUCGACGGGCUCAAGAACCUCACCAAACUGUCCCUUGGAAGAAACCUCCUCGACGGGGAGAUUCCGGCGACGGUCGGCAACCUCUCGAGGCUGUCUUCUCUCGACGUCUCCGAGAACAACCUCACCGGAGGGAUUCCGGAGUCCCUGAGCAGCCUUGCUAACAACCUCGGCGCUCUCAACGUGUCCUACAACAGCCUCUCGGGCCCUGUUCCCGUGGCUCUCUCCAGCAAGUUCAACUCCAGCUCCUUCGUGGGGAACCUUCAGCUCUGCGGGUUCAAUGGCUCGGCCAUCUGCACCUCCGCUUCGUCUCCGGCGGCCAUGGCGCCUCCUCCUCCGCUCCCCGCCAAGACCAGGAAGAUCAGCAAGAAGGAACUCGUCAUUGCCGUCGCAGGCAUCCUCUUCCUCUUCUCCCUGCUCUUCUGCUGCGUCCUCAUCUUCUGGAGGAAAGAUAAGAAGGACAGCGCGUCGGCUAAGAAGAAGGGCGCCAAGGACACGACGACAUCCAAGGAGGUCGGGAAGCCCGGCGGUGGAGGCGGUAAGGGGAGCGAUGCUGGAGGUGACGGCGGCGGAAAGCUGGUCCACUUCGACGGUCCUCUCUCGUUCACGGCCGACGACCUGCUGUGCGCCACCGCGGAGAUCCUGGGGAAGAGCACGUACGGGACGGUGUACAAGGCGACCAUGGAGGACGGCAGCUAUGUCGCCGUGAAGCGGCUCCGGGAGAAGAUUGCUAAGAGCAGCAAGGAGUUCGAGACCGAGGUGAACGCGCUCGGGAAGCUCCGGCACCCCAACCUGCUCUCUCUCAGGGCCUACUACCAUGGGCCCAAGGGCGAGAAGCUCCUCGUGUUCGACUUCAUGACCAAGGGCAACCUCGCGUCUUUCCUCCAUGCUCGCACACCGGAGAGCCCACCAGUGAGCUGGCCGACGAGGAUGAACAUCGCCGUGGGCAUUGCGCGGGGGCUGCACCACCUGCACGCCGACGCGACCAUGGUGCACGGCAACCUGACGAGCAACAACAUCCUCCUGGACGAGGACAACAACGCCAAGAUCGCAGACUGCGGCCUGCCACGGCUCAUGAGCGCCGCGGCCAACAACAACGUGGUCGCCACGGCCGGCGCACUCGGCUACCGCGCGCCCGAGCUCUCCAAGCUGAAGAAGGCCAACACCAAGACGGACAUCUACAGCCUGGGCAUGAUCAUGCUCGAGCUCCUCACCGGCAAGUCGCCGGGGGACACCACCAACGGGCUCGACCUGCCGCAGUGGGUGGCCUCGGUCGUCGAGGAGGAGUGGACCAACGAGGUGUUCGACCUUGAGCUCAUGAAGGACGCCGCCGCGGGCUCCGAGACGGGCGAGGAGCUCGUGAAGACGCUGAAACUCGCGUUGCAUUGCGUCGAUCCUUCGCCGGUGGCACGGCCCGAGGCGCAGCAGGUGCUGCGGCAGCUCGAGCAGAUCAAGCCCUCGAUGGCGGUCUCUGCCAGCUCCUCCUUCACCGGCGAGGCGAGCCAUACUACCGCGACCGGUACUACCAUCACCGAUGAUACGAAGUCCACUACCGGCACAGAGUAG